AUGCUGGAACACGACAUCUCAUUCGGUGGCAUGACUAUACCAACGGGUGGAUGGAAGAAGGCGUGGUACUUCCUCCGCACGUACAUACUUACCAUCCCGCGCUUCGAUUUAUUCCUCCAAGGGGCUUUGCUUAUUGUUAUACUCCUGGAAAGCAACGUCUAUCUCUUGCUGAGGAGGAACGCCGGCACUGGGUUUCUUCGUUCAGUUAACGAAGAUUGGUUGAGAAUAGGUUCGGCGGGAGCGGAGUUUCUGUUCGGCGCUGUUCUAGCCUGGUGGGGAAGAACCUUAAGGCAUUUGGCUCUAUCCGGUUGGUUGGGAAUUUCCGCAGCUUCGGGCCUGAUCGUGCUCGCGUUCCCGUACGAAGAGUCCAACCCUCUGGUCGUUGAGCUCUGCGGCGGCGGUACGAUCUCGGUGUACGGCGUCACCGUUGGCGUCGAGGACACGUACGUCGCGGCCCGCGACGCGUUCCUCGUCAUCACGGCCGUGCUGUGCGCCCUCACCAGGAUCAGCAUUUGGGCGCACGGCCUCACCUACCUGGACGACCACGAGCCGCAGAACGGGCCAUAUUUCUACGGUAUCCUCAUAUCGAUCAGACUCUCACUGGGGCUGAACGGCCAGAGUUGGCUGCGGCCGGCUGCCGUGCAGGAGAGCUGGUGGCACGCACACCUCUCGCUCUGCAUGCUGACACUCAUGUUCUCCGUGCUGUUCACCCUCUUCCCGAAGAGGAUGCCGCAGCUCAAGGAGGUGGACUUGGAAGAUGACGAGGAGACCGGGCUGAUUUCGUCCGUGUGCCGUUUGAUGCGCAACAAAUCGCUGAUGACGCAGACUCUGGCCCUAUCGUUCCUCUACACGGGGCUGUUCGGAUUCAUAAACUACGACAACGAGUUCGUGCAAGCGCGGUACCACAUCGAGACUCUGCGCGAGGAUCCACGCACCACCAGGGCCAUCAAUGACAUCUUCCGCUCUUUGGUCAUCAUCUUCUUCGUUUCUGUGUUCAGGGUUCGAUUCUCGAUGCGGCGCAGCGACGGCGUCAAGGCGAACACCGCCUCUAGAGUGGGGGGCGUUGUGGCGCUCUUCGUUUGCGCGUUCUUCGUAGUGCUCGCCGCCAUCGGUUGCGCCACGGGCCGCGUAGCCGGCAUCUACGACGCCUACGAGCAGCCCGCGUGUAGCGCCGAAUGCGGUUGCAACACUGCGAUUUACGGGUUCAGUCCUGUGUGUGCUUUAGAAACUUCCACCACCUACUUCUCCCCAUGUGACGCGGGAUGCAACCAGUACGAAGAUCUGAACGGCUUCGUUCUGUUCGAGAACUGCACUUGCGGGGUACGCGGCGGUCGCAUGACUCGCGGCAGCUGCACGGUGGCCAGCUGCCAGUCCACCUACUCCUUCUACCUGCUGUUCUUCGCUUUGGUGCUCGCCUCGUCCGGGGCAUCGGUCGUCAUGCAGGGAAUGGUGGUGAUGCGCGCGGUGCGGCGGCCAGACAAGCCCUUGGCCCUGGGCCUCAGCUGCGCCAUAAUCGCACUGCUGGCCCAUCUACUUGGCCACCUCCUGUACAUGCUGAUCAGCUAUCUGUCUUGCGCCUACUACGAAAAUGGCGUGUGUGUGUUCCACCAUCACACGAUAUGGUGGAUGGGCGCCACCAGCGCUAUCUUUUGUCUGCUUUCGGCAACGAUGAGCCUUGUCGCCAGCAGGAUACCACCCAUACCGGGUGUUCUACUGACAGUAGAUCACCCCAGC